UCUCAAAACGAAGCGCGGAGCCUGCAGACUCAAGUGCAAGCGUUACAGAAAGAGAUGCUCGCUCAAGUAUCAAAAGUCGAAGUCAUUUCUGAUGAGGCAUUUGCUCGGGACUUCUACGCUCUGGCUUCCCUGGUGAAAUCACUCAGCCGCACAGUUCAGCCAGCACAGGAUGUGAACGUUGUAGAUGUUCUUGAUCCCUUUGGGCUCGUGCAUCGUGUAGCAAAGCAACACUGGAAUACACGCGCACACAAAAAGGCCUAUGUCGAGGCAUGGAUAUGGUCUGCUCUCAUUGACAUAAUUUUCAGGAAUCCUUUCAGUUUCUGCGAAUACCUAACGCCUCUCUAUGAUACCUGGCGCUUUCUCUUCGGUAGGGAGUUUACAAGCAACUGGCCGAAGCCGACCCCACAAUCUGAAAACUGGCGGUGCAUCACAAUGAAGAAGUUGUUCGGAGAUAUUGAGAUUCGAAACGUCAUUGCAGGGCAGAAUUAUGGAGAACAUCCGGCAUUGGACAAAGAUGUCUUCGAUCUGCAGAAGGGAGUGUUCAAGAAACGGAAAUUCACUGUCGACAUUAUCAGAUCGUACCUCGCAGCGGUGACACCAAAGUCUGACCUUUUUCAUAUUCCAGAAAUUGUCGAUCGGGCAUUCGUAUUGGCUGUGAACAUGUCCAUGCAACCUUUUCGCGUCCAGGUUACUUGGCCGCACGUUGGAGUCGAUUAUGAAGCAAACUGCAUGUCUCCGAUUCCCGAUCGCAAUGGCGAAGACAUCCAUGAAGGUGUUGUUGCAUUCGUUGUUAACCCUGGACUCACUCGAUGGGGCGAUGUACACGGGCGGAAUUUCGAGAUGUGCUACGAGAUCGUACCGUCUCUGGUGCAACUUGAGCCAGUGCAGGCUAAGCAU